AUAUAGCCUUCUAUCAUGUUUGAAAAAACCUGGCUACAGAUGAAGAAGCGAUUACAUCGAUCUGUCGGUUGUUUUGGAUUUAGAUCUAUUCAUCUUUUUUCAAACACAGCGAUUACCAGUAAAAAGCUGCAAUCCAAAAAUCCCCCUAUUCAGAACUCUGAUCCAGACCCCAAAACGUAUAACAAAGGACAAAAUUUACCAGCAUCUAGUGAUUAUGACCUAAUGUUAAGUAGUGUAGUAAAAGAAAAUGAUGUCUCCUCAUGUUCCACUUCUCAAGUAACCAAUACUAGUGUGCAUAAUAGUAAUUUAUCACACACAAAAACUAGCAACGUCAAGGAAAAUGGAAAAUACUUAGUGUUUGGCGGUAAAGUUUCCGAACCUCGUGCCCCACGUAUUUCUAAUGUCAGAAAACAACAACCGAUGAAAUUUCAAUCUCGUACACUCAGUCCUUCCGAUAAUCAAGAUGUACAUGAAUCGUUGCAAAGAAAUUUUAUCCUUAACUGCUCAUCUGUUUCAACAUUGAAGCGCAACUCUUCCGAAACAAGAAAAACUGAUGAUUCCGAUCUACAAUUCGAAAAGCAAUUAAAUAAUGGUAGUAGACAUUAUGACCUAAAUAAUGAUGUAUCAGAAGAUAUUUACAAUUACUUAUUGAAUUCUCCAUCCUGUACAAAUUUACUAAACACUGUAACUGCCAAAUGUUCAGAUAAAAAGUUGAUUUCCAAGACGGUAAGUCUUGGAAUUCCUACACAAAGGCCAAAUCAUCCUCUAAAACUUUCUCCAUCUUUUAUGGAAUCAACUUCAAUGAAAACUGUUAAUGAUUCUUUGCGUCAUGAAUUAAAGCAUCCAUCUAGUUUCCUGUUUGCUAAUGAACAAAGAGAAAUGGUUGAGGAAUUACGAGCAACAAGAAUUAUUCUUUUGAAACUGAAACGUUUAUUAAUCGAGACUCCGAUUUCGGGAAAUAAUCUUUAUUCUUCGACUUUCAAACCAACAAAUCUGUGUAACGACUCGUUGCAUUCCCUCAACUUUACCAUGUGUCAUUCUGAUGUAAAUCAAAAUCGAUUUCUGCUUGUUCCCUCAGUCGCCGAAGAUAAUCGACUAAUACCUUCUAUCUGUAACAAAUCAAUCAAUAGAACUGGUCUCGAAGAGCUUAUUGAUAGCCUUGCACAGCUUCACUUUGAAAAAUCAGAAAUUCUAUGCGCUACCUAAUAACUGUAAAUCAACGUUUUAUCGCUUCAGAACUACUACAUAUCCUGAGGAUUUGGAUACUCAAAUAUAUUUUUUAUAGUUCUAGCAGAUAUCUGGCGCUUCUUUUGGGAAAUUUUUCUUGGUAGAUUUUCCAUGACCUUCCUAAUUGUAAUUUUCCUCAAGAUGCAGCUGAUAUACUUUAUUUCAAAAAAGUGGAUUUUUAUUUAUGCCGUUUCGUUUUGUGUGUCUAUUUUGGUCCUAGCUUAACUUGAUAUAUUUAUGUAUGUCUAUUCAAACUUCAUUUAUACAGAGAUAGUGCCACUACUUUCAAAAAGAAAUUUAUUUAAUUUCCGGACUUUUUAAAAUGCAUUCCUCAGAACAUAGUAUGGUUUUUGAGAUUAUCAACUGUGAUGCCCUUUAUUUAUUUAUGCACGUUUGAUAUUGAAUGUUUUUAUGCAAUAAUAAUACUAAUCAAGAAAUC